GCAGUAAACUGUAGAGGUGUCAGCAGUAAGAGGAUUCGCGCAGCUCCCGAUAUUGGAAUCUCUCACUAACAAGGCUAUAGGAGAACACGCAGGACAGCAGAUCCACGGCAGAGUCACUCACAAGGAUUACCCCCACUGGAUUGCCUGCGACAUCUGUGCACUGGGGUCCCGGGCAGAUCAUGCAGAGAUGUGACUGCUCACUGCUCCUGUGACCAUCAGCUCCCUGCACAGCCUGCAAUCACACAUCCUAAUUAAAAAUGAAAGUUCAACCUGCUGUGUUCUUACUUCUCUUCUUUCUGGUUGGAUAUGGUUCUUCAGAGCAGUCAACCACUUCUAGAGGCUGUGGGCUUGGUAUAUUCCCACGCUACGUGUACCUUUGUGACCUGGAUGCCAUUUGGGGAAUAGUGGUGGAGGCUGUUGCUGGAGCUGGAGUGCUAACCACCUUACUGCUGAUGUUAAUUUUGCUAGUGAGACUCCCGUUCAUCACAGAACAAGAAAAGAAAAGCCCACUAGGAAUACAUUUCCUCUUUCUUCUAGGGACUCUUGGAUUGUUUGGAUUGGCCUUUGCAUUUAUUAUACAAGAAGAUGAAGCUAUCUGUUCCACCAGGAGAUUUUUGUGGGGUGUGCUAUUUUCUCUUUGUUUUUCAUGCUUACUGGCACAAGCCUGGAGGAUCCGUAAGCUUGUCCAACAUGGCAAGAGUCCAUCUGGCUGGCACCUGUUCGGAAUGGUUAUAUGCCUCAUGCUGGUGCAAGUGAUCAUUGCAGUAGAAUGGAUUAUCCUGACUGUUGUCAGAGAGAAGAAGAUGGCCUGUAAUUAUGAGCCCAUGGAUUUUGUCAUGGUUUUGAUUUACAUCAUGGUUCUAAUGGUGGCUACAUUGGUCCUAUCGUUUUUUACUCUGUGUGGGAAGUUUCAGAAGUGGAAAAAAAAUGGAAUAUGCCUUAUUAUUACAACUUUUCUUUCCGUUUUAAUUUGGGUAGCUUGGAUGACUAUGUACUUAUUUGGUAACAGUGAACUAAGUAAAAAAGAUGAGUGGAACGAUCCGACUUUGGCAAUUGCACUGGUAUCUAGUGGCUGGGUAUUCCUUAUCUUCCACGCCAUCAUAGAGGUCCACUGCACUAUUCUACCAGCCCCACAAGAGAAUACAACAAACUAUUUUGAUACAUCACAGCCACGAAUGCGAGAAACUCCCUUUGAGGAGGAUAUCCAGCUUCCACGUAGCUAUAUGGAGAAUAAGGCCUUUUCUAUGGAUGAACAUGGCGCCAUGAGACCCGGUGUGCUCCGCACUGGUAGUAUGGGAAAUCGACUAAGUGCCCCGUUACGAAGUGGUGUGUUCCAGCCUACCGAGAUGGCCGUGGUACUUAACGGUGGGACAAUCCCUACUGCUCCACCAAGUUACACUGGAAGACAUCUUUGGUGAAAAUCAUAGAGAUUCCAGGGAGUCUCUGAAACAUGUUUUUUUACGCAGUGGUCCAGUCUUUGUGAGGGAGGAAUCAGUAACGAUAGCUGAUCACAGCCGCAGAACAUUCAAGAGGUCGGGUAAUCCUGUCUCAUAGAGCUUAUCUGAAUGUGGACAGCUGUGAACUCUUAAGAUAACAUCAAAAAAUGGACAUUGUUACAACAAACUUGGUUCUAUAAACGUUAGCUUUAUGGAGCAUCCCCCUGCUUUAUCGCUUUUAAUGGAAGAGGUUGUGCACUGCAUUACAAAAUGACAUUUACCAACAUAAGGAUAUUUCUUGCCGGUUGAAAACUUGAUGGCCCUUUUAUUACCCAAGAAUGAAAUUAGAAAUAUGUGUAUAGGUCACUUCCCAAAAAUAUCAUAAUUAAAUAAUUGCAUUGGCUUACUGAAAUCAAAAUGUGACAUGGGAGAUGGCAUACAUACCCAGCUGGUACUUAUAGGUUAAAUAUGGUUCAUUACUGAACAAUUGUGUUCUGUAUAAUUUAUUAUAGCUGUCAUUUCGUAUAUG